UUGCCUCGGCCUUGCCUUCCACAGAAUUAUCCAUGUUUCGGAGCAAUUAUUCAGACGGAGAGAUUCAGAUUUGAAAUCAACCAUCGUCUCCAAUGGGGACAAGUAGAAAUACCCUGCAUAUCCAGUCCCUGUAGAGUAGAUCAUUAACCAGACAGACAAGAACAAUGGCCGACAUCGACAACACCCCCGCCGCGGGCAUUUCCUACUUCACCCCCGCGCAGCCCAUCCCUGCCGGCACUGCUGCCAGCCCGCAGUCCAACGGCCAGCAGCCUCCCAAGCUCUUCCAGCCAUUGACCAUCCGUGGCGUCACUUUUCAGAACAGACUGGGCUUGGCGCCCCUGUGCCAAUACUCCGCCCAGGAUGGUCACAUGACUGACUGGCACGUGGCCCACCUUGGCGGCAUCGCCCAGCGCGGACCCGGCCUGAUGAUGGUCGAAGCCACCGCGGUCGUGCCGGAGGGCCGCAUCACGCCCUGGGACACUGGUCUGUGGAAGGACUCGCAGAUCGAGCCCCUCCGUCGGGUCAUCGAGUUCGUCCACAGCCAGGGCCAGAAGAUUGGUGUGCAGAUUGCCCACGCCGGCCGCAAAGCCAGCACCUUCGCCCCGUGGAUGUCUGGCGCUGUCGUCGCUCCUGAGAAAGUGGGCGGAUGGCCCGACAAUGUCAGGGGCCCCAGCGACAUCCCCUUCGACCCCUCCCACGCCCAGCCAAAGGCCCUGAGCUUGCAGGAAAUCGACGAGCUCAAGACCGCUUGGGGUGACGCCACCAAGCGCGCGAUCGCCGCCGGUGCCGACUUUGUCGAAAUCCACAACGCUCACGGAUACCUUCUCUCUUCCUUCCUGGCCCCGUCCGCCAACAAGCGCACCGAUCAGUACGGUGGCUCCUUUGAAAACCGCAUCCGAUUGCCCCUCGAGAUUGCCCAGGUCACCCGUGACGCCGUUGGUCCCAACGUCCCCGUCUUCCUGCGUGUGUCUGCCACCGACUGGCUGGAGGAGACUCUGCCCGAGGAGAGCUGGAAGACAGAGGAUACAGUGCGCUUCGCCCAGGCGUUGGCCGAGCAGGGUGCCGUGGAUCUGAUCGAUGUCAGCUCUGGCGGUGUCAAUGCCGCACAGAAGGUCAAGUCGGGUCCUGGUUUCCAGGUUCCUUUCGCCGUGGAGGUGAAGAAGGCUGUCGGGGACAAGCUGGCCGUGGCCGCCGUCGGUUGCAUCACCGAUGGUCGACAGGCGAAUGAGCUGCUGGAUAAUGGAUUGGACGUUGCUCUCGUCGGUCGUGGAUUCCAAAAGGACCCUGGAUUGGCGUGGACCUUUGCUCAGCACUUGAACACCGAGAUCGCCAUGGCCAACCAGAUCCGCUGGGGAUUCACUCGCCGCGGAGAGACUUAUUAUAUCAACCCGACGGUCUACAAGCCGUCCAUUUUUGACGCCUAGAUUAUGAUGAUGAACUGUAUAGACAUAGAAUAGAUUUCCUUGGUGAUAUCAAACACACAAGUACAUAAAUCACAAGCCUUAUGAAGUGUGAAUACAGACUUGCAACAAUAAUUUACCUGGUGCCUUAGGCUGCUGUUCACGGGCUUUAUUGGCUAUUCCCAUUCCC